CUCUGAAUCCGAUACUUCUGGAUACCCAUCGGCUCUCAUCGGAAGGCACAUAACGACGCAGCGGAAAGCAGCGAAAUCGGCGAAACCCAUACAUACACAAAAAAAUAGGUCGAGAGCAGUUGACUCCGUUCCUUUCGGUUGCUGUUGAUAAGCAUCGUCCCUUCAUUCCAUUCCUUUACUUCUUGUGGUGCUGGGGUGUGAAAGGCAUCGAUCGGUUUAUCUCCUCUUCUUUGGCCUGCAUGGUGUUUCGGUCGGUAGUCGGGAGAAUAUCGAGAAUCACACAAUCCACCCCUCACAGUUUGGCAGAGAAUGACAAUCGACGUCAAAGCACAUGCAACAGGUCUCCCGGAGUUAGGCAGCAGCAGCAGUAGAGGCAGCAGCAGUAGUAGCGGCAUCAGCAGAAAUGGAUCAAGAAAAUUAAAUAUGAAACGACCCAAUCAUCUGAGGCGAAGAGCUGAAGAGAUUGACUAUUGGCGAAAACGAGCAGGAUGGUUCGACGAUGACGUGUCGAUGAGAGAGUUCAACAAUGGUGUUUAUGAUACUUAUUAUCAGAUUGACGACGAUGCAGUGCUUGAAAGUGGCGGACAGAAAGGAGGGGGAAAGCGACAAGGCCUUGGCACUUUUCUGAAAGUGGCUUCGGCACUACUGGCCUUGAUUGUUUUCUUGCUCCUGUUUCGAGCAAUUACACGGCGCAUCGCCCCUGCCAAGAAGUCGUCAAAAGAUGGAAAAAGCUCAAAAAGUCGAUCAGAAAGCAAGUCCCGUUCGGGUCGAUCUUCGUCGAGCCGAUCUCGUUCAGGACGUUCAACAAGUGGUCGUUCUCGAUCGGGUAGAUCCAGGUCCAGAUCUCGGAAGUCUUCAAGUUCCAGUAACUACGAGCUCAUGGAUGAUAAAACAGACGCCCAGAGCCGCAAAUCUAGUCGCAGCAGGAGUCGGAGUCGAAGGAGCAGGAGCCGCUCCUCCAGGACGCGCUCAAAGUCCAAGAGUCGCGCCUCCGAGAGUACAAAGGAAGUUGUUCUUGUUUAAUGGAAGCUACAGUUAGAAUUCAUGUUGGUUGGUAUGAGUUCUGUGGAUUUUCCUUCUUCCUUCCCACAUCACCUCACCGGUUGUACCUUUUGUGGUGACAAAUACCUACCUAUCACGUCAGGCACUUUAUAAUAUAGUAAUAUAGUAUUUUCAUCCAGCCUC